CAUGGCGCUGGAGUCCAUCCGGUACCGGCGCGGGUCCCUCUCCGUGCUCAACCAGCGGCUGCUGCCGGAGCGGCUCCGCUAUGAGCGGGUGGACGGAGCCGAGCGGGCCUGGGAGGCCAUCAACGGCAUGGAGGUGCGGGGAGCGCCCGCGAUCGCGCUGGUUGCGUGCUUGAGCCUGGCGCUGGAGCUGGCGGCCGGGGCCGGGGCCGAUGCCGGGGAUGGGACCGGUGGCGGUGGCGAUGGCGAGGCCGGGGCCGGGGUGGCGGCGCUGGAGGCCUUCGUGGAGCAGCGGCUCCGGUUCCUGCUCUCGGCGCGGCCAACGGCCGUGAACCUGAGCCGCGAGGCCGAGCGGCUGCGGGAGCGGCUGCGGGGAUGGAGCCGGAGCCCCGGGAUCACGGCCCCGGAGCUGCGGGAGCGCAUCAUUGAGCACAUCGAGGGGCUCCUGGCCAAGGACCGGGAGGACAACGAGAGCAUCGGGACUCACGGGGCCCGGCACAUCCUGAGCCGUGUCCCCGCCGGCGCCGCCGUCACCGUCCUCACCCACUGCAACACCGGGAGCCUCGCCACGGCCGGCUACGGCACCGCGCUAGGCAUCGUGCGGGCGCUGCACGCGCAGGCCCGGCUGCGGAGGGUGCUGUGCACCGAGACCCGGCCCUACAACCAGGGCAGCCGCCUGACGGCCUUCGAGCUGCUCCAUGACCGCAUCCCCGUGACCCUCAUCGCCGACAGCGCCGCCGCCGCCGCCAUGAGGGAGCACGGGGUCGAUGCCGUGGUGGUGGGAGCCGACCGCGUGGCCGCCAACGGGGACACGGCCAACAAGAUCGGGACGUUCCAGCUGGCAGUGGCCGCGCGGCACCACCGGGUCCCCUUCUACGUGGCGGCACCGAGCUCGAGCUGCGACCCUGCCCUGGCGAGCGGGGACCAGAUCCCCAUCGAGGAGAGGCCAGGCCAGGAGCUCACCCACCUGCAGGGGCUCUGCCUGGCACCCCCCGGUAUCGACGUGUGGAACCCCGCGUUUGACGUCACGCCGCAUGACCUCAUCACGGGCGGUAUCGUCACCGAGUGGGGGGUGGUGCCCCCGGGGGACCUGGGCCGGGCGCUGGCGGACCGCGCCGCUGGGGGGCAGUAAAGCGCCUCGAUG